CAAAUUUAGUCUGCGACCUGGUCUUGUAGAACAUAAGGUGGACGUCAUUCCAGCUAACCAGUUUAUCCUGUCAGUACGUCGUGACAAUCGCUGCAUAUAUCAGAAAGUGCUGACUGCGGCUGAUGUGGUUCUAUCAGGUCAACAGCUCAGCGCCUGGGACUUUUCGUUCCCGAAAAAGGAUGUCUAUUACAGGUCAGUCGUAGGAAUGAGAGUUACUGGUUUCAGAUAG